AUGGAGCACCUCGCGCGCAACCCGACUCCUCGAACUCGGGUGUACCACCUCAUGGCCGAAGGGAUGGCUUUCAAGGUCAUGGUCGCUCUCCGUGCAUCAAGAGUGGAGAAGUGGAUCCACGACGUCAAGAGGGACUUUCUUGACGCCGCAUCGACCAAGUGCGUCGGCUUGGACUGCGAGUUCACCGACCCUUGCGAGGGUGAUCAGCGCGCCGCCGUCCUUCAACUCUCGGUGGCGUUCGAUACUUUGGUAUUCCAGAUUUGUUAUGCCAAUGAAGUGCAGGAUGGGAACAUCAGAUUCUGCGGUGCGGCUAUCAGCAAUGAUGUGCAAAUGUUGAGUCCCUACGACAUUCAUAUUACUUCUGCGUACGACCUCCAGAAGAUACUCCCGAACCCCAACAACAAGCCCAGUCCGAGUCUAUAUGAUCUUGCAAACUCUACCAUUGGGACAAACCUUGAUAAGAAGAGGAAGAAGCACAAGAAGAUGGACGUCGCCGCGCAAGAAAAAGAAGAUGAGCUUAUUUUUGGAUGGGCCAAUUUUCCAUUGAGCUACGAGCAAGUGCACUAUGCCGCUUUAGACGCUCGCUUGGACUUCGAGAUUGCUAGGAGGUAUUGGAUGCUAGUUGGCUACAAUAGCCAUGUUGACUGUCUCAAUAUUUAG